GCUUGAUGUUUCUCAGAAAUCUUCUCGUUGAUAGGUUCGGGUCGAACAAGAUCUAAUUGUGUGUGAAUGUUUCGUUUUAAAAAUGAUAAAGCAGGUGGUUGUCCUGUAGUUAAAUGAGAAGCUUUUCUAUAUUUUCUCUAGAACUCAUUCAAGUUCCGUUGCAACGAACCUUGUGUUAUAUCCAUUUUAAGUAAGGCUCUUUUUGUUGGACCCACGCAUUUUCUGCUUGACCAUUUGUCGAAGGGAGACAAUGAGCAGUAAGUUUGUGAUAUUUCACUCCACUUUUGUGGGCGUGGGUUCGAAUCCCACUUCUGACACCAAAAUAUUGUGUAUGUCUAGAGUAAAUUUGAAGAAAGUGCAAAGAUGUUUACUCAAAGAUAGGUUUAUUUAGAAUGACAGUUACUAUUUACAAUCAAUAAUAAGAAGUUGCAUGAAAAAAAAUAGAACUUAAAAAGAACGUUAAUUGAAAUAUACUACAAUAAGAUUAAUGUUUUUAAUAAAUAUAUAUAGUGUAUAAUUAUAAGUUUUUAAUAAGGAUGUAUAACUGUUUAGAGCAUUUGUAAAUAAGCUAUAUAAACACUUAAUUUAAAAUAAUGAACUUAUCUGUAUAAGUCUAUAAUAAAAAUGCGUACUUGGGGAGUAUUCUAGCGUAUAAAAUUCAACUUACUCAACCUUACUCAAAUAAAGUACAAGUAACAAAAAAAUAUAAUACAAAUAAAAUUCAAGCAAGUACACUUAAUAAAUCUUUUUUUUUUCUAAUAUUAUAUAAGACAAAGAUGUUUAAACUAUUUAAUCUUGAAAUGUAAAUGAUGCAAAUUCACAUUUAUAGUUCAGGCGCAUGCGCGAUAAUAAUUUGUCUGAAGCCCUAUACUAAUCAAUGAUACGUAAAUACAAGUUAUAAUAUAGAAUAACAAAUAUAAAAAUAACAAAUCUGUAAACAAAUUGUUUACUUUGCUCGACGGAUAAAUGACGUAUAGAUAACGCGGAUAAAUGAGCCAUAAAAAAGCAAUUGAUUAUAGACAUGUCUUUUAAAAAAAAGUAACAUCGCAACAUUGAGAUUUGUUUUUUAAAUAACCUAAAACCAAAACAAUAUAAAGGGAAUAAGAAAAAUAAAAAUCGUAUUUAAUAACAUAUUUGAUGAAAUAAAUAAUUUUAUUCAUUAAUUUCUUAAUAUUAUAAUGAAAAAUUCAAAUCCAAUAGAAGUGCCAACUAUUUUUCAGCCACGAAAGUGUCGAUCUCAUGUAUUUUCACCUAGCGAAGAACAGUCAAUUAGUGAACAACUCACUAAUUCACAAAAAAUUGAUAUUACAGAUGAUAUACAUCAUUCCGGUACCAUAGACUGCAAUGACUCUUCAAAUACCUAUAGAACAGAUCAAAGUAACAAUCAUAGAGAAAGCACAGGGAGUAAUGCAAUAAGUGUGGGAGUAGUUAGUUGUGGAAUUAAUCUAACCCAACAACAACAAGUAUGUCAAUUAAGAUUACACAAUAGUAAUUCUUAUACAAAUCAAGGAUCUCUUUCAACUUUUUAUGAAUCUUGUUGCGCUACAUCAGCAAAAAAGAUUUACUUUGGUAUAUGUGUUACGAUUUGUGUAACUGCCAGUUGGGUCGGUGCCACACACUGUAUCAAGUUUCUUUAUUUUCAAAAAGAUCAUGCAGUUGCUAAUUUAACAAUAAGUUUAAAUUUAUCACAUCCAGACAAUCGGAAUAAACAGCGUAUAAUAUCAUACAAUGCUCCGUUUUUUACAACAUGGUUUUGCACUAACUGGACGAUUCUUUACUUUCCUGUAUAUUUCACAAUUCAGUCAAUUAAAUCGAAAUGUAUAACGCCAUCAAAUGUAAUAAACGAAAGUUUAAGAGGAUUCAGAGAUAAAGGUUUAACAGGAGGACGAUUUUUAACACGUUGUAGCUUAUUUUGUGGAUUAUGGGUUUCAACAAACUAUAUGUAUAUCCAUUCUCUUCGAAUACUUCUUGCAACAGAUGUAAUGACACUGUUUGCAACUAACGUAGCCUGCGUUUAUCUGCUGUCAUGGGUUAUUCUUCAUGAGCAAUUUGUUGGCGUACGGAUUGUAGCUGUCAUAUUGUGCGAUACUGGUAUAGCUUUAUUAGCAUACAUGGAUGGUAUAACUGGUAGUCCGACUCUAGGUGGUGUUGUACUAGCUGCUUCAGCAGCUGCCGGAUCCGCCGUGUACAAGGUCCUUUUUAGAAAAGUCGUUGGCGAUACAACAUUUGGGCAAAUCUCUCUUUUCUUUACAGUAAUCGGUAUUUGCAAUGCGAUUUUUUUGUGGCCAGUGUGCCUAGUCCUCUACUUUUCAGGAGUAGAAUAUAUUAUUUGGGAACAAUUUCCUUGGAUAGUUUUAAUGACAGCAAGUAUCUUACAUUUAGCUGCUAAUAUGCUGGGAAAUUUUAGCGUAGCUGUGACGUACAAUCUUUUUAUAACACUGGGAUUAAUAACAGCUGUUCCAGUCUCAGCAGCUCUAGACGUAAUUCUUUACGGAGCAAAUUUUGUUGGAAUGAAGCUAGCAGGUAUGAUAUUAAUCGCUACUGGAUUUUUCCUAGUGAUGUUUCCCAAUAACUGGCCUGAUUAUUUUACUCGUCUACUGAGGUGGAGUCGUAGACAUAGACACGGAAUCUCUGGCAAUGCAUCUCGAGACAUUAUUGAUUACCGUACUGGAUACAUAAAAUCUCAUCUGCGUUCACCGUCUGGUCGAGUUCGAUGAUAGUUUUAAGUUUCUUUUGUUGUUCUUAGAGAAUAUUGGAUGAUAAAAAUAAUUAUAAGAGUUUACACAAAACAAGUUUUUUAGAUCUUUGAUAAAAUACAAUUAUAUUUUUGUUGUUAAUCAUUAGUUAAAAAAAAAUAUUUUAAUGUAUCACAAAUUUCUUUAAAGCAAGCUCAAUUACACCGAUUUUUUACCGUUUACUUAUCAUUGCUAUAUACAUAAUGAAAAUAUAUUAAAACAAUUGUUUUUUUUUAACGACUUUUUACCAGGAAAUGUUCUAGUUUUCAAAUUUUUACUUAAGCUUAAGAAGAAAUUUUGUUAAAAAUACUGUAUCUUACAAUUUCUGAAAUAUUCGUACAAAAAAUUUUGCCUAGUAUACGACUUCCCACUCUUGCUAUUUGACAAAUGCUUAAUUUACCGAAUACAUAUCUUGUUCAUUAUUUCUAGAAUAGAACUGUUUUUUUAACAUAAAUACAUUUUUUCCAUAACUAAUAUUACUUUA